AUGACGGAAAGAUUGUGUGAGAAGAGUAAACGAAUAGCUCGUGAACCGUGGCAUCGUUAUACCUUACCCGGAUAUGACUGCGAAGAUGGUUUUCCGGAAUACCGGUUCAAGUGGGAAUUGUUCGGUGAAGCUGCUUUCUACACAUCGAUGAAUACGUCCAUUCAGCCGGCCACCUUCUGUUGUUUUUCACGUGCAAUAUUGAGUGAUAUCGAUUUACAAUCGCUCAAUGAACAGUCGGUAGUAGCGAGCUCAAGCACCAGUCCAGUUUUGGAUGCUUUCGAAUCUGAAGUGAAAGAUGACCAGGAUGGAGACGAUACUGAUGAAGAUAUUGCUCGAGAGAUGGCAGCAUUAGGUUUGCCGACGGCUUUCGGAGAUGCAAGUCGUGAGGAACCAAGUUGCCACUGGUGUGAACGAAAAUGCAGAAGUUAUCGUAUUCGUGAGAAAUCACCAUAUCACGAGUGCUUAUCAGACUAUCUCUUUUGUAAUGGCCUCUAUUUGGAGCGAAAGUCGUGGCUCCAUGACUAUCCGGAAUCUUUCUCCAGCACUCAAGUAGCUGAAAAAUUCGACAAAUAUACGGAUCGAAAAUUUGCACCGUAUGCUUUGUUGAAAGAACACGAACAGGCUAACGCAUUUUUCGGUAUUUCUUAUUCAAAAUUGGAUCAUAGAGAGGAGGACUGCUCAGGGUGCUGGUUUCAUGUGAGUAGAAGUUCCAUUAAGAACCAAGUUAAAGAGAGUGCUAUGGAUCAUGAAAUGGAAGGCUCAACUGAAGAUGAUGAAAAACGAUAUUCAGCUGGUGGUCAAAAUAGAGAUGGGAGUACAUAUGAUUUAUUCAAAACCGAUAAUGACUGGAACUCACUUUAUUUAAAACACAAAGAGGCCGUGGAAAGUCGUAUCGCCAGAGAUUAUGGGAAAUAUAUGAAUGAAUCGCAUAAACGACGACGCUUAGGAUUUUCGGAUAAGUUGACCUCAGUUGGUUUAGCUUGCAAAGGAGCAGGAUCGUCUAGCGAUGAAGACGAUGACGAUUAUUUGGAGACAGGUACUCCAGGAUUACAGAGACAGCACGGUUUUCAUAUCGCUGAUAUUCAUUAUGAUUUUCAAAUACCACAUCGAUUUAUUCAGAAAAACCGAAAAAUUCACCUGAAUACAAAUGGAGCUGAAGAUGAUAUUGACGAUUUUACUGUUGUAGAUGCAAAAAAUGUUAUCGAAUCAUCAAACUCUGUGCUCAGAGACGUUGAUUUUGAUUACAAUGAUAAGCGGGACAGAUGGUUAUUGGCAAUGAAUGCACUGAAAACGUUCGCGGAUGAUAAAGAUAUGCCUAAGUACUAUAAUCAGCGCUUUCGCCUUUUCUCGAAACUGAAUGAAGGUAUCUUGAUGGAUCGUGAAGGGUGGUACUCUGUGACACCAGAAAGAAUCGCUGCUCAUAUUGCUGAUCGAGUUGUUAUUAUGAGAGAUGCUAUAGUGUUAGAUGGUUUCGCUGGUGUUGGUGGCAACUGCAUACAAUUUGCCCUUAAAGGAGCUUAUGUGAUCGCACUAGAUAUGGAUCCUGUUCGAUUGCGUUGUGCAAAACGAAAUGCGGAAAUUUACGGCGUCGCAGAUCGCAUUAAUUUUAUUUGCAUAGAUUUUUUCAACUUUUGUAAAUUCCACUGUAAUAAAGUGAGACAAUUAAAAAUGGAAGUAAGAGAGAAGCAAAAUGAUGAAUAUGAUACUUCCAAACUUUGGGAAAAGCGAAAAGUGAGGAAGGUUGAUGAUGGUUUCGAACAAGUUCAGACAGCUGCAGAUGAUGAAUUUGAAGUGGUGGAAAAGAUAGAAGGUAAAAAGAUUAAAAGAACUAUGCUUGCUGAGAAUGAUACGGAUGAUGAGGAUGAUUUCGGGAUUGCUGUUGAUAACUGCCAUUAUAUGCCUGUUUUUGACGCCGUUCUGCUUAGUCCACCGUGGGGUGGACCUUCUUAUCUUAAGUCAAAGUUGUUCAGUUUAAAGAAUAUGGAGCCAAAAGGAGACAAAGUUUUCCGAAUUACGCGAAAGCUAACUCAUAAUAUUGCUUAUUAUUUACCAAGACAGACAGAUGUGAAGGAGUUGAUUCAGCUAUCGAAGGAUACUGGUGGGAUGGUUGAGAUUGAACAGGCUGAAGUAAACCGGAAAGUGAAGGCAAUAACUGCAUACUACGGUGAGCUUGCCUGUGAUGCUUCAUGGUAA